UGCAACUCAUGGCAUGCCCCUCUCCCUCGAUCACUCGAUUGCAAUCGACGCAAAAGGUUGAGCAGGGUAGCCACAUUACUUUAUAUCAAAUAUCGUUCUUUAUUCUCCCAGGACAAACUCUGUACACUUUUUCAUCACUAAUUUCCACAAAGCUCAUUGCAGUGGAAAACGACCAGUAAUCAAGAUGGGUGGUAGUCCUGACGAACCACCCUGGAAGCCGGCUGUCGAUGCUGUAUACAAAUACUACAAUUUCUUAGUCGAAGAGCUGGAAGCCAUCCCAGAAGACUGUGUGGAAUACCCUCCGGAGGAAGGCUGGCCAAACAUCACCGAGGAGUCGCUUGCUGGUCUGCAAAAAAAAAAGCAAGUCGUCGACGUGCUGCGCCAUCUACCGUACAUCAAAUAUAGCAACGAGUUCAAUGUUCAGAUCGCCUUUGGAACAGAAGCUCUUGACUAUAGGGGUGUGAAGAUUGCAGUUGGUGAUAGAAAUAGAUGGAUUCCCCACGGGGACCCCGAAUUCCCCCCUCAUGUUGUUGUCUUGACUUCAGACCGCAGCGCAGGAUCUUACGGGAGUCAAGUUCUACUAGAUACGGAGAAAAACACAUUUAGCGACUAUCAGCCUGGGGGGCCUUUGAAAGCUUCUGAAACUACUGCAGAAACCGACCCUAACGACUUCUGGCACUCUUACGAGACUCGGCCUGUGGCUGAGUUUUUCGGCUUGUGGGAAGAGCGAUUCUACAGUCUAGAAUGGACCGUUGAUCCAUUCGACGACGAAGGAGGCAUGCUGUUACGAUACGAUAAUAUGACGGAUGAGGUCCGCCAAAUUUACCGCGAUCACGGAUGGCCGCAUAGGUAUCGUCGUCGUGAGUGUCGUGAUGCCCUACAGGAAUGGCAUAGAACUAUUAACGAUCGACUGGCGGAGCCGGGAAAUAACCUGCAUGAAAUCAACCGUCAACCGCCGGGCCGGUAUGAGAAUCAGCGUGGCUCGGAUGAUGAAGACUAUGACAGCUAGAUAAGACCAAAACUAUGGUUGAUUUGAUUCAUUAUAUAGUAGUGAUUUCUGGAAAUGACUGCAGACCACGACGCCGUCUUUCCAGUCGAAUGAACAGCGGACAAUGCUCCGCAAAGUGUAAUGGGUAGAGGUUAGAUAAUUAUUUGUGCAUACACAUUAUACAAAAACACACAAACGAAUAAACAAUUAAGAAUUUCUCGUGAUCUUAAUUUAACUCAGACCUGUCGUCAUCGGGGCAGCAGCUGCAAAUGUCUGGGAAACCUAAUGCUGAUACUCAGAGCUAAAGGAGCGAUCGU